AUGAAGGGGAGAAAAGGCUAUGUUGGGAUAAAGCUUGAUAUGUCAAAAGCGUACGACCGUAUUGAAUGGAAUUUCCUUGAUCAUACCAUGGAGGCUUUCGGGUUUUGCCCACAAUUUAGGCGAUUAGUGGCUAAAUGUGUGUCUUCGGUGUCCUUCUCGGUUCUUCUCAAUGGGGGCCCUCUGAAGCAAUUUCGGCCUGAGAGAGGGCUUAGACAAGGUGAUCCCCUCUCGCCAUAUCUGUUCAUUAUGUGCAAUGAGAUCCUGUCUCGGAUGCUGAUUAAAGCUGAAAAUGAUGGAUUGAUGGGCGGUUUUAGGGUCUCCCGGCAGAGCCCUUCCAUCUCUCAUCUCAUGUAUGCGGACGACACCUUCAUUUUUUGUGAAGCCUCCCUUGAGAAAGUCUUGGCGACUCAAGAGUGUUCAGAUCGCUUCUGCUUGGCAUCGGGACAGUGUAUUAAUGUUCACAAGUCGACUCUUACCUUUUCUGCUAAUGUUGAUCCUACCCUCAAGUCAGUGCUUAAGGAAGCCUUAGGUUUUCAGGACAUGUGUGGAGAUGACAGGUUCCUUGGCAACCCCAUCCUUCUCUCGGGUAGCAGGGUAAAAGAUUUUAACUUUCUAACUGAGAAACUGGCUAGGAGAAUCGAAGGGUGGAAAUCUAAGCUUCUUUCUCAGGCGGGUCGUUUGACUCUGUUGCAAUCUGUGGCCUCAAGCACUCCGGUCUACACUAUGUCCACCUUCUUAAUCCCGAAGACCAUUAGUCAUACCCUGGAUAAGAUGUGUCAAUCCUUUUGGUGGACGGGGGAGACAGAUAAGUCUCAUUUUCUUGCUCUAGCUAGCUGGGAUUCUAUAUGCCUGCCAAAGGAGCGGGGAGGUUUAAAUCUGAAGAAAUUCGAAGAUUUCAACUUGGCCUUAAUUGCUAAACUCGGGUGGAGGCUUGCUUCGGGGUCUGAGUCGCCUUGGUGCUCCUUGUUUCGUGCCAAAUACUUUAAGCACAAUCAAUCCUUCUGGUCUGCCCCUUCCCGAAGUACUAUGUCCUUUGGUGCUAGAGGAAUCAUGGCCUCCAGGGACCUCAUUCGUAAUGAGGCUUAUUUUCUUGUCGGUAGUGGUCGUAAUGUGGAUAUUUGGCAUUCCCCUUGGGUGCCGUGGCUCUCUUGGGAGGAGUAUGUAGCUUCCUUCAAUCCAAGGAUCCAGGAACGUGGUGUUACGGUUAGCUCUCUUCUCUUAUCGGAUUCAUCUUGGUCGAUGGAGGUGAUGGGUAGAAUGUUUCGCCCGAGCCUGAGUACCAUGAUGGGGUCUAUCCCCAACCUUUCUUCUAGCACUCCUGAUGAAUUGAUUUGGAAAGCAUCCAAGGAUGGUUCCUUCUCGGUUAAAGUGGCCUACCAAGCUAUCAUUAGAGGGAGAAGUGGUUUGGAGGAUGAGCUGUGGAAGCUUAUUUGGAGGAGUAAAGUCUAUGAAAGAGCCAAGUGUUUCUUGUGGAAAAUUGCCCGUGACAUCCUUCCCUUUGGGAGUAGACUGCACCAGAUUUUUGGUAACAUCUCCACCUCCAUCCUUUGUCUUGCGGAGGAGGACUCUCCCAUACACUUGUUCUUCAGAUGUGAUGUUGCUAAGCAAAUUUGGCGUUCUGGCCCGUGGGGAAUUUGCUCUGAGGCCUUGGUUUUUCAGGAUAAUAAGGCGAUGGUGCGCUGGCUCUUAACUCCUUCAAAUUUGCCUUUGGCUAAUGCAGGAGAGAGGUCGAGGUUUACCCUGUAUGCUAUAAUGGUGUGUUUUCAUCUUUGGAAGUAUAGAAAUAUGGUUUUCCAUGAUGGAAUUAAGUGGCCAAUCCCUAAGCUUCAGCAGGCCAUCCUCGCGGAUGCUAACUCCCUUGCGGAUUUGGAGGAUGUGGAGGAGUUGCAGCCACAUACCCCUACUGUUGCGGACAUGGCUUUGGGACUUGACACUAGGCAGUAUCCGUGGAGCAACUUUAAUAUUUUUGUGGAUGCUGCGGUUCGAGGCCGAUCGGGGAUUGUGGCUUUGAUUGUGUUUGAUUUGACGGGCCAGGUGGUGGAGGCUGCGACCUCGAGACAUGAAGUCGGUUCGGCCUUGGAGGCUGAACUGGUAGCCAUCCGUGAGGCGUGUGCUUUGAGUGCUCGACGCAACUGGGCGAAUUCCUUGUUGCUCUCGGACUGUCAAGUUGCUGUUGCUGGUUUGAAGGCCAGGAGAAGCCCGGAUUGGACAGUUAGGUGCUGCUUUGAUCGGUCUUUGCAGGCCAUGUCGACAGCCCCUAAUUCUGGUCUGGUUUGGAUCCCACGCAAGCUGAAUGUUGCAGCUCAUGACCUUGCGGCCUGGGCUGCCAAUUUCAGUUGUUUUAGAGCUUUUUCGGAUAGGGAAGUGGCACCCUUUGUUGCCACUAUGAACUUUGUUUUUUGA